AUGCCGAUCGAGAUUGUGUGCAAAAUCAAAUUUGCAGAGGAGGAUGCGAAACCCAAGGAGAAGGAGGCAGGGGAUGAGCAGAGCCUCCUGGGGGCCACGCGGGGGUCCGCAGCCCCCCGGGAUCUGGCCACCUUUGCCAGCACCAGCACUCUGCACGGGCUGGGCCGGGCCUGUGGCCCAGGCCCCCAUGGACUGCGCAGAACCCUGUGGGCACUGGCCCUACUCACCUCGCUGGCUGCCUUCCUGUACCAGGCGGCUGGCCUGGCCCGGGGCUACCUGACCCGGCCUCACCUGGUGGUAAUGGACCCGGCUGCCCCAGCCCCAGUGGCGGGCUUCCCAGCCGUCACCCUCUGCAACAUCAACCGUUUCCGGCAUUCGGCACUCAGCGACGCCGACAUCUUCCACCUGGCCAAUCUGACCGGGCUGCCCCCCAAAGACCGGGACGGGCACCGUGCCGCUGGCCUGCGCUACCCAGAGCCCGACAUGGUAGACAUCCUCAACCGCACUGGCCACCAGCUCGCCGACAUGCUCAAGAGCUGCAACUUCAGCGGGCACCACUGCUCCGCCAGCAACUUCUCCGUGGUCUAUACUCGCUAUGGGAAGUGUUAUACCUUCAACGCGGAUCCACAGAGCUCACUGCCCAGCCGGGUGGGGGGCAUGGGCAGUGGCCUGGAGAUCAUGCUGGACAUCCAGCAGGAGGAGUACCUGCCCAUCUGGAGAGAGACAAACGAGACAUCAUUUGAGGCAGGCAUCCGAGUGCAAAUCCACAGCCAGGAGGAGCCACCCUACAUCCACCAGCUGGGCUUCGGCGUGUCCCCAGGCUUCCAGACCUUUGUGUCCUGCCAGGAACAGCGGCUGACCUAUCUGCCCCAGCCCUGGGGCAACUGCCGAGCGGAGAGUGGGCUCAGGGAGCCUGAGCUUCAAGGCUACUCGGCCUACAGUGUGUCUGCCUGCCGGCUGCGCUGUGAAAAGGAGGCCGUGCUUCAGCGCUGCCACUGCCGGAUGGUGCACAUGCCAGGCAAUGAGACCAUCUGCCCGCCAAAUAUCUACAUCGAGUGUGCUGACCACACACUGGAUUCCCUGGGUGGGGGCUCCGAAGGCCCGUGUUUCUGCCCUACCCCCUGCAACCUGACCCGCUACGGGAAAGAAAUCUCCAUGGUCAGGAUCCCCAACAGGGGCUCAGCCCGGUACCUGGCAAGAAAAUACAACCGUAAUGAGACCUACAUACGGGAGAACUUCCUGGUCCUAGAUGUCUUUUUUGAAGCCCUGACAUCCGAGGCCAUGGAGCAGCGAGCAGCCUACGGCCUGUCAGCCCUGCUGGGAGACCUCGGGGGACAGAUGGGCUUAUUCAUCGGAGCCAGUGUCCUCACGCUGCUGGAGAUCCUAGACUACAUCUAUGAGGUGUCCUGGGACCGACUGAGGCGGGCGUGGCGUCGUCCCAAGACCCCCCUCCGGACCGCCACUGGGGGCAUCUCCACUUUGGGGCUUCAGGAACUGAAGGAGCAGAGUCCCUGCCCAAGCCAGGGCCACGCUGGCGGCAGCCUGCUCCCAAACCACCACCCCCCAGGAGGCCUCUUUGAAGACUUCGCUUGCUAG